CUCCGCUGGGCGGAUCAGCCAAUGACCGCGCGCGCUGCGCCUCCCUUUCUCUCCGCGCGUCUCUCACUAAAAACCGCUGGAGUCUCGCAGAGGAAGCGCGAGCGCGGCCAGGAUGAGGAUCGCGAUGAGGAGGAGGAUGAUGAUGAUGGAUGCUGUAGCAUGCCGUCUGCUGUUUCUAGCGCUGCUCUUCGGAGCCAGGAUCCAGAACACGGAAGGCUUACAGUGCUACUGUCACCGGUGCCCGAACCACACGUGUGCCACGGACGGCCUGUGUUACGUGUCCAUCACUAAAUCAGGCAGCGUCACCACACAGCAGACCUCCUGCAUCAGUGAGAACGAGCUGAUCCCACGCGACCGGCCCUUCGUCUGCGCACCCUCCACCAAACACGACACCGGCGUCUACCCCAUGUGCUGCGACACCGACUGGUGCAACAAGAACCCCGACCUCACCUCAUUCCCAGUGCCGACACAGAAGCCGCCGGCGUUGGGGCCCGUAGCUUUCGCGGCCCUGAUCGCGGGGCCCGUGUGUGUGGUGUGCUUCCUGAUGGUCACCGUCUUCUACAUCUGCCACAGCCGCUCGCUCAUCCACCACCGAGUGCCUAACGAGGAGGACCCGUCCAUGGACCACCCCUUCAUCACAGUGGGAGCCACACUCAAAGACCUGAUCUACGACAUGACCACGUCUGGCUCCGGCUCCGGGCUUCCUCUGCUGGUGCAGCGGACCAUCGCCAGGACCAUCAUCCUGCAGGAGAGCAUUGGGAAGGGCCGCUUCGGGGAGGUGUGGAGGGGCAAGUGGAGAGGAGAGGAGGUGGCCGUCAAGAUCUUCUCCUCCAGAGAGGAGCGCUCCUGGUUCAGAGAGGCUGAGAUCUAUCAGACCGUGAUGCUGCGGCACGAGAACAUCCUCGGCUUCAUCGCCGCCGACAACAAAGAUAACGGCACGUGGACGCAGCUGUGGCUGGUGUCAGACUAUCACGAGCACGGCUCUCUGUUCGACUAUCUGAACCGCUACACGGUGACGGUGGAGGGCAUGAUCAAGCUGUCUCUGUCCACGGCCAGCGGCCUGGCGCACCUGCACAUGGAGAUCGUGGGAACGCAAGGCAAGCCUGCUAUCGCUCACAGGGAUCUGAAAUCAAAGAACAUCCUGGUGAAGAAGAACGGCACGUGCUGCAUCGCAGACCUGGGUUUAGCCGUGCGUCACGACUCUGCCACCGACACCAUCGACAUCGCACCCAACCACAGAGUGGGCACCAAACGGUAUAUGGCCCCAGAAGUGCUGGACGAUUCUAUAAACAUGAAGCAUUUUGAGUCUUUCAAGAGGGCAGACAUCUACGCCAUGGGGCUGGUCUUCUGGGAGAUUGCCAGCAGAUGUUCUAUUGGAGGCAUUCAUGAGGACUACCAGCUGCCGUACUAUGACCUGGUGCAGUCCGACCCGUCGGUGGAGGAGAUGAGGAGAGUCGUGUGUGAACAGAAGCUACGGCCCAACAUCCCAAACAGAUGGCAGAGCUGUGAGGCUCUGCGUGUGAUGGCGAAGAUCAUGAGGGAGUGCUGGUACGCUAACGGAGCGGCCCGUCUCACCGCCCUGCGCAUCAAGAAGACGCUGUCCCAGCUCAGCCAGCAGGAGGGCAUCAAGAUGUAGACCGCCACAGUUAGUGUUCCCUUCCCAUCAUCCUUCAGAACCGCAUCACACUCCGUCUUCAAGAGAGGACGCCGCACUUUCACCGACGUUUGCCGCUCGUUUCUGCGUCUCGGUCUUAAACACGGACUCCUGAGGAUCUCACACGGAGCGCCAGACCGCGUCAAACACAAGAAGGACUCUUUUAUUAUUUAUAAGUGGCUUUGGUUUUUCUCCCGUGGAGGUUUGACUGAUUUGCACCUCGUGUUUAAUUUCCGCUCAUCGCUGCAGUUCUUCAGGUCGGCGUGACUUUAAAUACAUGCGUUCUGUUUUUGCAAAAACAAACCUGGACAUGACCUCAUUCAGUCCUGGCGAACAUGCUGUGACAUAUGCAAUAUAGAUGAAACCUAUCGACUUUAUAUUUUUACUGCUCUGCUACAACAACUACGAUGACAACCAUGCCUUCCAAGCCAGGUGUUACCAGAAAGUGCCACUGCUUUGAACCAACCAACCAACCAACCACCCUCGCGGUGCGUCUCUUAUGCACACGGAGCGAGAGCGGGCCGCUGGUGCCAUUCUUCAUCCUCUUCACUGAUGCAGCACAACUGUCAGACCUCUUCACGUACAGCUGGUUUCAUGGAACGGGCGGCUGGUUACAGAGAGUUACUAACCACUGACCACUGGCUGUGGACGGACCACAACCAAAUACUGAAAGUUGCCCAAACAUACGAUUAGAGCGCUCUUGGCAUGCAAAGAUGAGGUGUGGUAAUACGGAUAUUCACUAAGCCAUAGGUUUUCCAACAUUUUGUGGCAACUUUUUCUAAUAGAAUGUAAAUGAGAAGAAAUAUCAAGGACUGCUUUGAAACUCUUCCGAGCGAGCCUCAAGGGACCAACGUGGAGCUGGAGUGUGCUGGAGCUGACUGUACUCACCGUCUGGCUUCAGGACUGUGUGUGAGCCGCUUCAGAGGUGUGUGUGUGUGUGUGGACCGAUGUCUAUGAGAUCUGAUAGACGCGCUCGUGAAUGAAGAGCGAAACUCAACCGCUUUCUGGUGCUUAUUUAGGCCUGCAACUUGAGAUUCUUAUUUAUCUACAUCCAUGCGUUUGACUCUGUCCCUCUGGUGAGUUUUCAUCUUGAUCGUCAGUCAUGGAAGGACUCUUCAGAGAGCGAUGCAAGUCAAGCUCAGUCGACGGCAUUUGUGUCGUGAUGUUGAUUAGCACAAAAUAAAACAUGGUGGAAAAAUGUAAAAAUCAUGUUUAUGAUGAGGCAUUACAAUGGAAAUGAAUGGGGAAAUUUUUUAAAGGAUUUAAAAGAUCAAAAAUGUGAAAUUUUGUGAAAGUAAUUAUUAAUUAUUCUGCUAAAACAUGGGUAUUAUUUGAGCUGCAAAGGAUCAUUUUAAGGUUUUAGCCAUUAGUUUACGACAACAAAGCUGUAAAAUUGGACAGAGAAUGUUAGUAAAAGAUGGCAGCUCAGUUUAAACUCCAUUGUAAGGACCUCACUGGAACACUGAUUUUUUUUAAAAGGAAAUUAAUUUUUGUGAAAAGCAACAAAUGCUGUGGACUUAGUGUGACUUGUACUGAAUGUGGAAUAUUCCUUUAAAAAGGGAACUAAUGUGACGUGUUGAGCAAUACAGUGUUUUAGCGUGUAGGGUUUCUGCUCUUCUGAUGGUCAAACUUCACUGCUAUGCAUCACCAGUCUCUGCUGGACUCUCAGCAUCUCACGCUGGUUACAUCAGUUACAUUCACACAACUCUUCUUCAUUCUUGAAAUGUGUUGGGAUUGCUCAAGGGAAGCCGUUUCCAGCACAUUUCCUUCAAAGCCGAUUGAUUUUGCCGUGUAUUUUAAAGCGUUGUGCUGAGUUUGAGUUUGUUUGAGGGAGGCCGCUGGGAUGGACUGCAGUGUUACGAUGAUUAUUGAUGCUGUUUCAUACGUACAGUGAGUGAAUUAAUGAUUUCUGCCACACAUUCUGAUGCACAGUUCCUCAAUGAAGUACUUUUUACUGUGUGUGUAGGACGUAGUGUCUAUAAAUAAUGUGUACAUGUAUAUAAAUAUGUCUAAUGUGUGUCAGGCUGUGUCUGAAUCUGGAAGGAGAAAGUGUACAUUAAACCCAGUUUCAGUGCCGUCAGAGGAGGAAAGGGAAUGAUCCGGGGAACGAUCGGCUCGUUUGAGGGAAGGAGAGUGAAGUUCUGCUUUCUUCAGCAAACGCAGAAAGUUCAGCCAGAAAUAAAAAUGAUCACUUAUUGAUUCUCCCGCUGUUCCACACCUGUACGAUGAGUUUGGGGAGUGAGAAAGGUCGCUCUUUUACAUGCAGUUAAAAUGAAUCAGUAUCAGGGUUCACUAAAAUGACUGAAACUUGAACUGAAAUUAAAGUGAAAUGAGAAACUGUAAAACUACGAUGGCCAAUGACACUAAAUAUAAUACUCAGUGACACUGAAAUAAGAGUGAUCAUCAGUCUCUCAAGCUUCAGAGAGAACAUAAAAAGGAUCAUAAAAAUAUUCUGUAUGACUCAGUGUUUUGAGUAAUCGAGUAUGAAAUGAGUUUUUAAUCAUAACCCUAGCUCACAGCAGUUUUUGGAAGUCUGAUCCGGUUCCUGAAACUAGAGUAAAUGAUUCAUUCACAAAUCUGCCUGAUCCACUUUCAGCAUUGACUGCAAAAGAGCAGCCAGAACAUUCUUCAGAAUAUCUCUUUUUGUGUUGAGUGUUAAACGCCGGCAUCGACGUGGUUCAUGACGGUUUCACUCUCUUCCCGCUCGUGCCGUGUCCCUCAUUACAGACUGAAUCACCAGCAUGUGGUUUCAGAUUCGAGCGGGAACACUUGUGUCCAGGUGUCCGUUAGUGACGCGCAGGACCGGUGUAGCUUCAGAUGAAUGCGCUCGUGCCUGCUCCAGACUCAUCUGCGUCCACAGCGGCCGUGUUUCCAGAAGAAAGCUGAGUCAGACGCCCUCACAUGACCCAGACUUUUCAUUAAUAACUCCUGAAAGGUUUAUGCAGUUUCUCACUGUAAUGCACAAGCAUGUCAGUACAUUCUACACAGCAUCAGACUAAUUACCGUAACGAGAGCGCGAUGGCCCGUGGAUGCACGCGUCUAACCCGAGCGGGAAUUUUAAUAGCGCAAACUAUUUGCAUAAAUUGUCUGAAAGUCAUUUUUAAAGCGGUGGCAUGAAAACACACGGGUCUUUCACUCAUUUAUGCAAAUGCAUGGUCUGACGGACCUCAGGCUCUCUGCUGGCACUCAUCACGCUGUUAUAAGAGUUUAAUUACACCGCUAUGCUAUUAUUAUACAGACACUGUGAAAAAACCCUUGAGGCACGCUGGGCCGCCGGCACCAAAACACAGGAGAAUUCUGGGUCAUUUAAGGGCAGCUGAUGGAUUUCCCAUGGUGCAUUUCACCGGCUGAUUGGACGGAAGUGUAAAGCUUUAUCGUGUUUUAUUUAGUGCCUAAGUUUGACUCUGUUUUGUUUUAUAAUUCCACCUAGAAUGAUGCACUGCAUGGGACUUAUUUCUAAUGUUUGCAUCACUUGCUUUUUUUUAAGAAAAAAAUAUAAAGAAUAAUAAUAAAUGAAAAAAAAUAAUAAUAAUUUCAGUAGGUUUUAAAAGGUCAAAAAGUCACGAGAAAAAUACCUCCUCUGAAGACCAAUGUGUUUAUACCUCAGUGUAUAUAUUUGAGUUGUUUACUCUGAGUUUAUUUCUUUUGAAAUGCUGAAAUGUCUGUGGGUGGUACUUGUGGAUGGGAUUGUGUUACUGUGUUAUUGUCCAAACAGUAUAUCCCUUCUUUAAAGCAUUAUUUGGUCUGUUCUGUUCUUUUCGUGUUCUGUAUGAAUUACAAGUGCUUUACUGAUGUCUUACUGUCCUUCAAUGCCUCUCCGCUGUAUAGAAAUGCCUUGUACUGUUUCUUUUACAAAAACAAAAAAAGACAGAGAGAGGAAAAGUGAAUGAAAGCGGUGGCUGAAGUGAGAGGUGUGGGUCUGACCUGAGCCUCGUGACUGUUUUCUAGCGUGUACAGAUGAGCUGAUAGGAUCAUAGAGUGAAGAUCUUUCUAACAUAGUGCAGUAGAGAUGGGUGUCAAUAAAAACACAUCGACUUCUA